CUUUAACACUCACUUCAUUCCUCACACUCCUUCUCAUACCUCUGGAGGACUUUACAUUAGGGGCCAUGACGAACUUUUCCAUUUGCUCUCCUGCGGCUAUACAGGCCCCGACCGUGUACGGGGCUGAAAUUCUUUCUCUUUCAGCGGCUUGGGUCACCAAUUACACCGACUACAUCCCGUACAGCUUCAACUACAACGGAGGCACUGUUAACCUGGAAAAUGCCAAAUUCUGCAACAUCACUGUGAAGUACACUCAUCCUGGCUAUGAGGAUAACAUCACCGUCGAGACCUGGCUUCCAGAAACGGAGAACUGGAACGGCCGCCUGCAGGCAACUGGAGGUGGCGGAUGGGCUGCUGGCCGGUUUGUGCUGUCGGAGUUCUUCAUGGGAGGUGCACUUGGAGAAGGCUUUGCCACGACCACGACUGAUGCUGGACUGGGCAAGGAUACUACAGGACCCGGUGAAUGGGCGCUCACCAGCCCGGGCAACGUUGAUUGGGUAGCGGUGGAAAACUUUGGAUCCCGGGCAUACAAUGACCAAGCUAUCAUUGGAAAGAGCCUGGUGAACAGCUUCUACGGUCGUGCCCCCGAGUACUCGUACUGGAGCGGUUGCUCGCAAGGAGGCAGGCAGGGAAUGAUGAUCGCCGAGCGUUAUCCCACCGCAUAUGACGGUAUUGCCGCCUCUGCCCCGGCCCAAUCCUACACCAAGUUUACCUCCUCGCUCUACUAUCCCCUCUUGCUGCGGAACUGGCACAAUGUGAACCCGCUGGUCUGCGAACUGAACUUCCUGACAGGUGAAGCCAUUGCCCACUGUGAUCCUCUGGAUGGUGUGGUGGAUGGGCUCAUAUCCAAUAUGACUGCCUGUAACUACGACCCCUACACCGCCGUGAACAAGACCUUCACCUGCGACUCCUUAAACCGUACGAUCACACUCAGCCAGGGCGCUGCGCUCAUCGCCGAUGCCGCCUGGUCGGGCGCGCACGCCACCGACGGCCGCCAGCUCUGGUAUGGAUACAACCCCGGGUCCGACAUCGGUAGUAACUUCGGUGUUCAACCGGGAUACAAUGGAUCAUCGAGCAACAACGCCAAGGACGUGUGGUUUAAUCUAUUCGUCGCUAAGAAUGCCAGCUUUAACACAAAUGACAUGAGCCACGAGGAGUACCAGGAAUUUUUCAACCUGAUGACUUCAGAGUAUGGCAGCUCCUGGGAUGCAGACGAUGCGAACUUGCAUGCUUUCAAGAAUGUUGGAGGCAAGCUUCUCACCUACCAUGGCAUGGCCGAUCAGAGUAUCCCCACCAAGGGUACCGAAUACCUCUACGACAAGGCGCGGGUGCUCUUCCCGGACAUUCAGGACUUCUGGCGCUUUUUCGAGUCGCCGGGUCUGGGUCACUGCGCUGGCGGCCUCGGCGGCCAGCCGACCACCGUCCUCAAGGCACUCCAGCGUUGGGUCGAAAAUGGCACCGCCCCGGACACCUUGCCCGUGGAGUACCCGUCGCUCGGAAACGGUCUCCAGCGUAACCUGUGCCCAUAUCCUUCCCAGAUUGAGUAUAUUGGCGGCAAUAUCACUCUGGCUGAGAGCUUCCGUUGCACGUAAGCAAUGCGGAAGUUGAUACGUGCACUGAAGUUAUCGUGACUCGUCCGCACCAUGGGCUUUAGAUGGCUUUUUCAAUUCUUGCAUUCCUUCACCUAUAUAGAUAGUUUUCGCUUCAUGUACAAAGUGCUUGAUUUUGUACCCAUUUUAGCUAGACCCAAAUAUUAUACAAUUUCUGGG